GAAACCUAUGUUGUUGAUAUGUACCCAUUUUAAGAAAGGUUUUUGAUAUAUACCAAAUUGUCUUGUUGAAAAACGAGAGAGAAAAAAAACAUGGGAAGCAUUCUUCUGAAUCCAUGUCAACCCUUCUUCUCACACACCAUUUUGGCUCCAUUGAAGAAGCACAAGCUUCAUCACCAUGCUCCAAAGAAUCGUUUCCUAUGCAACAAUAUCAAUAGAACUUCCUCUUUUAAUUACAGAAGCUCUGCUUCUGUUCCACUUCAUGAGUUGCCUUCGGCUUCAUUUGAUGAAUACAUAGAAGAUAAAGGAAGAGUGAUCCGAUCUAUAUUUUCAGAAAAAACAGCAAGCCAGCAGCUCAAUGAGGAAGAAUGGAGAGUUAAGAUGACUCCCAUGGAAGCCUUGUUCUUAAAGUGUCACCCAGUAAUACACAUUACAGCUAAAUGCAAAUCUGAAGCACAUGAAUACCCACCUGAGAUUCCUCACCAUAUCACCAAAUUUUUGGAGGUUCAAAUUACAAAGGUUGAGUUUCCUGAUCUGAAUGUUGAUUACAUACCUCAAAAUCUCAACAUCAAUGCAAAAGGAUCCUUGUAUUUGGAAAAGAAGGGAAUGCAUAAUUGGAUGAAGAAUCAUUUAGACAUUAACUUAAACCUUGCUUUUCCUUCAUUACUAGCUUGGGUUCCUGAUUUGGUGUUGCAAGGAAUUCUACAAUCGGUUCUCAAAAGUUACGUGGAUGAUAUUAAUAAUGGAUUUGCUGUUAGAUUACUGGGUGAUUAUAACUCCUUCAAGAGGAACAAGUCCAAAAGUUUUAAAUAGUUAUACUUGUUGUAAUUUGUAUUAUUAUGAUAUAACCAAUCAAUGGAAUUUGUGUUUUUUUUUUAUUCAAA